AUGGACCAGUUACACGCCCGGACACGCCAUGGACCAGUGACACGCCGUACACGCAUGGGACCAUUGACACGCCCGGACACGCCAUGGACCUGUGACACGGCGUGGGAUGUCACGGUCCAUGCGUGUCCAGGCGUGGAGUGUCCAAGAGUUUUGUCACUGGUCUAUGACGUGUCCAGGCGUAUGUCACUGGUCAUGGCAGAGUCCAGGCGUUGUCAUGGUCCAUGGCGUUUCCACUGGACCUUUGCGUGUCCAGGCGUGUCACUGGUCCUGACGUGUCACUGGUCCAUGACGUGUCAGGCGUGUCACUGGUCCAUGGGUGUCCAGGCGUCUCACUGGUCCAUGAGUGUCCAGGCGUUCACUGGUCCAUGA